UCAAUGAUUUAAUGCAUUCAUUUUCAUUGUUAGCUCCAAUUGCGAACUCCUAACAAGCAAGUGCCGAUGUAUUCACUAGUUCCUUUCUUCCUUGCCUUGUCCAUGGUCUUUUGACCACAUCGCCAUACUACUCCUUUAGCGACUCAAUUCCGUUCCUUUGAUACAUGCAACCUCUGAAAUGGUUGGCAGUACUGGCUGUUGCCUUAGCUGCUAGCGACAUUGGGGCUGCUCACCAACACUCCUCAGCUGCUACAACAACUAAAUCCGUCUCUACCCAUCACCCUACCCCGUCGCACUCUCAUCAUCACCACCACCACCACCACCACCAUAGUCACCAUCAUAAUGGAACUGCGUCGGGCCAUCAUCACUCACUUCACCACAGUACGACUCGCCAUCAUACUACCACAAAGAAGAGUUCUAAGAAGAUCAGUUCGAAGCACCACACUGUCUCGGCCCACCAUACCACCAUAAAGAAGGGAUCUAAGAGUGUCAGUUCAAAGCACGCUGCUCCGUCCCAUCAUACUGUACAACAUCAUGAAAAUGACUACCAAGCACAUCAUGAAACCCACCAUUCUUCCACUAAGAAGCACACCACCGUACACCACGAGGCUUCCAAAAAGAGGACUACUACUCAUAAGACCACUACCUCCAAGCAUCAUACUACAACAACACACCACCAUGCCGCACCUACUACGACUAAGAAAGAGACUCCUCAUCACACUACUUCUUCAAAGCACCCCAAUGGUUUGUUUGUUGAUGCUUUCUCUGAAAGUAAUCCUUCGUCCACAACGACUGCCAAUGAAGCAGACGCCACUCCUGAUACCAAUGAAGCCGCCGUCCCAUCCGAUGACUCUGCUACGACUACGUCUGAUCCCGCCGUGGUUGCUAGUCCUAGCACAGACCCUGCGUCGCCCACCAUUGCUGAUCCCAACACUGCAGGCACCGACGCCACCGUCACGGUCGAUAACCUGGCCAGCGGCGAUGCUGGUACCGCCAACGUUAGCAACAAGACCAUUGGCAUCAGUGUAGGAGCUGCUGUUGGAUGUAUUGCUGCUGUUGGUCUGGCCGGUAUGAUGGUUUACAAACGUCAAACCCGUCGCCGUUUCGAAGAUAGCAUCGGCGGUGGCAACAACAUGGAUGAAACCCCUCAAACUCACUGGAGACCCACUAGCUUUAUGGCCGCUGUCACCAGCGUUGUCGCUCGUUUGCCUCGCGAUCGCAAUUCGUCUUCCAGUCGUGGUUCACAUGGUUUUGCCGCUUCGGUACUAGGUUCCCUACGUCGUGUCCGCAGUGGAAGAUCUAACCGCUCAAGCUCGGGUUCAGAAAUGAGCCAUCACUCGCAAGAGUCUCACACUUCCUUUGGCUAUGCCGUCAGUGGUCCCGUUCCUGAACUCACUCGUGUGGAUGACCUUGAUUUCCACGAGGUAGAUCUCAGAGCAAGAUAGACAUGUGUGCGCUUCACGUUCAGUCAUGAGCAAACACCGCCCUUUCCUCUACUUUUUUUUUUCUUUCACUAAUUCUGUCUUUCCUUGUUUCGAUACAUUGACAUGAUUUCCCAAAUAAAAACUCU